GAACUCGUUCUCUCGCUCUUAUCCUUUCCUGUUUUCUCUCCCCCCUCCCUCUCUCCCUCUUCCUUCGCCUCCGCUGCACUCUCUGCUCGAUCGGUCCAAGCCCCGUUUUUUCUCUAGGCUCAGCGUUUCGCAACGCUCCGCUUCCGCGUGUCCGUCCGUGCUUUUCUUUCUCUGGAGCCUUGAUAGAUAUCUUCACACCUUUUUCUUCCUCUCUACAUUCAAUACCUUUUUUUUUUUUUUUUUUGCCAUCUCUCGCCCCCUCCCCGAUAUUAUUUUUCCAUCUCCUCUCCUCACCCUUCUGGGAUCCCGUCCUAUUAUUCGUCUGCGUGAUUUACGGCAUCGAAAUCGGCCGCCAUGUCGGGAAAAAUGACGUUGUAUAAGUUGGUGGUGCUGGGGGAUGGUGGUGUUGGAAAAACCGCGCUCACAAUUCAGCUUUGUUUAAAUCACUUCGUCGAGACCUACGACCCAACCAUCGAAGACUCGUACCGAAAACAAGUGGUGAUCGACCAGCAAUCCUGCAUGUUGGAGGUCCUCGAUACUGCUGGUCAAGAAGAAUAUACCGCACUACGUGACCAAUGGAUCCGCGAUGGGGAAGGCUUUGUCCUCGUUUACAGCAUCACCUCCCGCGCCUCCUUCGCUCGCAUAACCAAGUUCUAUAGCCAGAUCAAGAUGGUCAAGGAAUCGGCCAAUUCGAGCUCUCCAUCGGGCGCCAGCUACCUCAGCUCCCCUAUCAACUCGCCCACUGGCCCUCCUCUUCCCGUUCCCGUGAUGCUGGUGGGCAACAAGAGCGACAAGGCCGUCGAACGCGCAGUCUCCGCACAAGAGGGCCAAGCCCUCGCGAAAGAUUUGGGAUGCGAAUUUGUCGAGGCGUCCGCGAAGAAUUGCAUCAACGUGGAAAAGGCAUUUUACGAUGUGGUGCGCAUGUUGCGCAACCAGCGCAUGCAACAACAACGACCUCAGGACCGACGACCGACCGGCUUGGGUCCGAUGCGCGACUCUGGUCCCGAAUACCCCAAAUCCUUCCGCCCCGACCGUUCCAGACAUCGCAGUGGGUUCCGGUGUACAAUUCUGUGAGCUUGAGGUGAAGGUUGUCGAUACAGUUAGGCCUGGUCGAUUGAUUUCUAUUUCUGGCUGUCAUUGCGAGUGGCUGAGAUACGGCAGGACCCUUGCGGUUUUUCUUGUUUUUAUUCCUUCGGUUUCGCGAUCCUCCAGCCCACUGUUCGACCCGCCACCUCAGCCUCUUCUUCUUCUUCUUCUUCUUCUUCUUCUUCUUCUUCUUCUUCUUCUUCUUCUU